CUCUCUCUCUCUCUCUCUCUCUCUCUCUCAGAAGCACAAGUCAUCCUGAGAAGGCUGUACUGGAUGGUGAAAGCGGUAAGCAGAGAUCAACGCAGGCUCCAGUCGCCAUCCAUCAAGAUAAAGUUACUGACAAACCAUAUACAGAAUGGAGUACUCACCUGUCACACCACUUUCCUCACCAGCAGAAGUUACCCAGGCUUGGGUUGAGCAGGUGCUAAGGCACAAGUUGGGCUCCUCACUCAAGCUCAAUUCCUGGUCUGUGAAAUUACCAGAGACCAAGAAUGGAUACCUGAGUGAAGUGUGCUUUAUACAGGCCUACUUCUCUACCAAAGAGGAAGCACCAGAGGAAAAGCUGUCCUUGUUUGCAAAAUUCAUGCCAGAGAGCGAGAAGGCACUUCAGGAUUUCAUGAAAACUUGUCGCUUGGCAGAAAGGGAGGUUGAGUUCUAUAAACAUGCCUUCUCAAGGGAGUUCAGGGACUUUUGUGAGACCAGUGGCAUGCAUCACCCAGUUCCUAAGGUGUACUGGGCUGGACUUGAGGACAGCAAGAUGACAAUAGUUCUUCAAGACUUAUGUAGUGAUGGUCUUAGACUCUCAGCACCUAUGGAGGGCAACUCCCUCAAACAGAUCAAGUGUGUCUUGGCCACAGUUGCAGUCAUUCAUGGCUCAGGCAUUGCCACUAUACAGAAGCAGGGAAAACAUCCUGGAGACAUUCCUCUUGACAUGUCUCAUCUGUCACAUUAUGUCACAAAAGGUAUCAAUGCACAAAUCAAUUUAUUUGAGGGAACACCCACUGUAGACAUACUGAGAGCUCUCCUUCCCAAAGCAAGUGAGCUUUUCUCAGUGCCAGAGAAGCACCCUUUUCUGAAGUCAAUCAUCCAUGGUGAUCUUUGGGCUGCUAAUGUGAUGUUCUCACAGGAUGACCAACACGCUUGUAUCUUUGACUGGCAGUUUGCUUGUGUUGGAAAUAUUGUCUGUGACAUAACAACUUUGCUUCUGAUGAGUGCUGAGAUGUCUUGCUACACAGAACACCUGACUGAGAUUCUUGAGUGUUACUGGAAGUGUUUUGAGCAGUCACUUCAGAGAAAUGGAGUCUCAAUUGACGUGUCAUUCCAAGAUUUUGUUUGUAAUGUUGAGUUGAUAUGGAUGUAUGGGUAUUCAUUCCUGUGUGCUUCCCUGCCAGGCUUGCUGGAAACCCACAUCACUGAGGACCGUGUCCGAGCUGUUGUCCACUUCCUAGAAGAAAGGGGAGUGUUCAAAAAAUUUCUGUCUCAAAGAUAAAAAUGUAUUGAAUUAAUUUUCGGUCUGUUACAUAUUUCAAAAGACAACAUGGGAGAGACAACAUGAGAACGUGUUUAGAAAGUCUAUCCAAUUGACAAUAAAGAUGAUGAAACAUUAAACCUUUAAUACAUGUAUGUAUAGAAAGAGAAUAGUAGGCAUGGACAGCAUAGUGUGGAUUUGUACAGUAAGUAAAAACCUUGAACUUCAAAGACUAGUAUGGCUCAAAAACUGCCCUUUGUGUUUGUUCACAUUCUUGGUGUCUCAAGUGCUGUGUACCAUUGCUUUGUAGUGAAUGUAUAUUAUGAAAGAUGACACAACAGCAUACUCUGAUUUACCUUGUAAGACAAUAUUCACCAGAAUAACUUGUCCAUGAUAAAUGAGGAAGACAUUAAUUUUUGUUUAGUGAUGAGGUUUCCAUUAGAAACUGAAACACGGGUAUCAUUAUUGUCAUAAUCAUCCUUACCAAUAUCUCACUUCAAAAGCUGAGUAUGCUACUAUAUGAAAAAUUGGUAACUGUACACAUGUAAGUCAGAGAAAAAUUUAUAAAAGGGUUAUUCAGUUUAGAAAUGUUCAUAGACCUUUGUUGCUUUUUUUCUGUUGCCUUGAAUUAAUACUACAUUUGACAAUACAAAAAGGUCAUUUUCUGAUGCAACUUGAUUUGGUUCCCUCUUGACCUCCAAUCAUCACUGUGUUGAUGUGGUGCAUUAUUAUGAAUUCAGUGGUGCCCAUUCUUCUUCCUUAAUUCUUGAAAAACUAAGAAUUUAUAUUGAGAGUUAAAUCAUGAUAGUGAGCAGCUCCAACCCUUGACAGAACACGAAGGUACAGGACAAGUCUCCUGUGAGCCACAAUGACCGCUGUGGCUCAAAUGGUUUAGUGAAAUUUGGCCAGUCUUCAUUUUUAUGCCACUUCUCUUUAGGGGUGAUUUGUCUUGAAAAUUUUAUGUAUAUGACAAACUAAAUAAAAGAUUACAUCAAAUUA